CCACCACCACCAGCAGCACCACCAGCAGCAGCAGCACCACCACCACCACCAGCAGCAGCAGCGUCGUCCUCGCUGACCCCGGAAGCAAAACCGCCCUCCCGCUUCCUCUUCCCAGCCGCGCCGUCCCCACGUGCGGAGCGGAGCCGCCGCUCGAGAAGAGGCGAGAGGGGGAGGUCUACGAGGCGAGCCCGGCGUGACACAAUUCCCCGCAGCACUGAAGAGGUCGGCAGUGAUUGUGGGGCACUGAGACGCCGCAACUCAUCUCCCCGUUCCGAUAACACGGCGGUUGCAGGUACUAGCUGGUGGUGGUGAUGUUAUAGAGAAAACGAGGUAGCGCAGCUUCUAGCGCCCGGCCACGACGCUCACCCGCAGAUGUAAAUGGAGCCAGAACCGAAGAAGCAGAGGACGGAUGAGGAGGGUGCGGCGAGGUGGCGCGCCGUCCCCGUGCUCGCCGACCACCUCGUCGGGAACGAGGUGCCGACGCAGCCCGCAUACGCCGCCCCCAUCCUGGACAAGCGCGCCACCGCGCGGCUCAUCGCCGCCGUGUGCCGCCUCUACCCGCUCGAGGGUCUGCAGCACCUGAAGAGGGUGCGCGGCACACUCGACACGUCCAAGGCGCACGGCCUGGAGAUCCUGCUGUGCCUGACGCGCGACCUGCCAGCCAACCACAAGCAGCCGGUCCGCCUGGCCGACGUAAUCCCCGACGACGGCAGCUUCGCCGAGUACGCGGCGCUGGGCCUGCCGUUCGGUGUGCUAGUGCCUCAAAGCCCCCCGCUGACGCGGCCGCAGUUCGAGUUCGCCUCCCGCUGCUGGCCGUGCUCCUUCCACGAGCGCAAGCGGCUGUCGCUGCUGCUGAGCGGCCGACCGUUCGACGACGCCGACAAGCGGCGAAUGGAGGCGCACAUGGGCCGCGCGCUGCAGGCUGCCAGGGCCGGGCUGGCGCGUGGCACGCGGCCCGUCGGGGCCGCCGUGGCGGACCCCCGCACGGGCGAGGUGGUGGCCGUGGCCCACGAUUGUUGCUCGCCUGAGCGGCCGCUGCACCACGCGGUCAUGGUCGCCGUGGACCUGGUGGCGCGCGGCCAAGGCGGCGGCGCCUACUCGUACGACGAGUACCCGGACUGCGUGUGCGUCGGUGCCGGUCGAGGGGGAUCGGCCGGCACGGAGGACGAUCGCGGCACGACUGAGGUCGCGGGGGGCGGAGGUCAUGACCCGCGGACUCCGUCGGAGGAGGAGCCGUACUUGUGCACGAACCUGGACGUGUUUGUGACGCGCGAGCCGUGUGUCAUGUGCGCCAUGGCACUGGUGCACUCUCGCGUACAGCGGGUUUUCUACGGCACGCCAUCGCCGGACGGCGCCCUGGGCAGCGCCUACAAACUGCAUGCCAACGACAACCUCAACCACCGCUUCGAGGUCUUCCGCGGCGUGAUGGAGGAGGAGUGCAGACAGCUGAGCUCUGAGAUCAGUUGAGCCCGUGGCUCAUGCACGUUGGCACCAGGCUAUUAAAUCUUACUGCUCUUUCAUUUAGUAAUCGGCAUAUUCACGUUUCAUGGCCAGGCAACAUUGCACUCUUGAGCUCUCUGUUGUGUGUUUCAGGUUGUAAUGUGUGUUGAUCGACACAAUGUCUGAUGUUUUGCUCAACAUUGGGAGCGAAAUUUCAGACAUCUUGCCAAACAACACACUAUACACCCCAAAUAACACAUUUUGGAGUGGAGUCUCAUUAUCAGCCCUGGUGGUUAUUGAGUGCCUCACAAGUGCUGAAUAGAAAGCAAUUAGCAGACUUUCUUACCCUCGUGUUUAGGAAGUACUGAAGUGCUCCCGAUCACAAAUCUUUUCGCGACCGAUGGCAAUAAGUGGGAGCUGAUGAUUUUUAUUGCGUAUUUUAAUGAAUGUGCAGCAGAUGUGCUUUGUCAGUUGUCGGUUUUACAAAACACCUGAAUGGAAUGAGAUCUCAGUGUUGCACACUCGAAAUGAAGGACGUGGGCAGGUGCUCCAAAUCGAGGGCAAACACAUUUAUUGUGGUUAAUCUGUAAAAUGCAACAGCAUGUGGUGUCACACACAGCAAUCUUCACUGA